AUGCGCGAGCUCGCCUUGCAUGCCCGGCUCCGUGCAGCUGCUGCAGAAGUUGGAAAGGAUCGGCUUCGUGUUUGGAGCGCCUGGUUUGUGGUCGUGGCAGAAGUGUGCUCAACGCUCUGCCUGAUUCAGCCGGCCAUUCUUACCAAUGGGCUGUUCCUGGUGGUCCCUCUUGCAUCGACGAUUGCCAUCGGCAUCUUCAGGAACCUCAUGCCGUUGAAGGUGAUGCUUCAAACACCCAUUCAAAUCGCUUGGCCGUGUAACUUUUCCAAGUUCGGUAUUUCCAGGAAGCAGACGAAAGCAGUGUAUUUCUGCCUUUCUACGAUCCUGCUGCGGGCCGCAUGUUGCUGUGUUUUCUGGUUCUACUACAUGCAAUGGAGAAAUUUGGGCGGGUGCCAGGAUCCAACGGCGCAGAGCAUGUUGUGCCACCGCUGUAACGUGUCAUUCCUGUGGCCGAAGUAUUCCGAUGGCCUCCUUAGCCUUUCGGAAGAAGCGUGCGAAGAAGCAGAAUUGGUCCUGCAUUCGGCUAGCCUCAGCAAGACCCGAUCUGAGGAGUACACGCAGUAUCGUGAAUUGAAGAAUCUCCGCAAUGUCGGCAGAUACACAGAUUGGGUCAGGCGAGCAGAUGCUGCAUACAACGUGACUGAGCACAACAACCUGACAGAGUCGCAAGUCAGUCAAUUUGAAGGGUUGGUAAACGACAUGGGAGUCGAGCUGAAGGAACAGCUUAUGGCCGCGAUGAUGAUUUUCCAGCGAUGGCACGGCUGCCAAGAACACAGCGGACCAGCGUGCGCGGCACCAUGCACAGACUGCUUCAGGAGAUGUACUUGCAAGUCGUCUUUGAUGUUGCACACCUUGCGGAGGAGCUGCUCGGAAAGUGCUUUUUCGUCCGAAAGAUACUACGACAUACACCAGAACAGCUGGACUAGCUUUGAGAGCGGCAUUGCAGCUGAAUUCAGCAUGUGCAUCUUGCGACAAAGCUAUAGCUGGCAGUGGCUGGCGGAUGCUUGGAGCGGGGCAGUGUUCUUCCUUUUCCUGGUCCCUCAACUAGGCUUGUGCAUCUGGGCUGCGGUGGGCCUGGCAGGUCUCUGUGGGCUGCGCCAAUUUUUGUGGCUGCUGGGCAGUGCACCAAAGGAUGGUGAGGCCGUCGACCGAAUCGAGGAGCAGGCUGCCCUUCUUCGGCGAAGGAUGGCCAGGGGCGAGGUGGAGCCCCACGACGCCCGCAAGGAGAUGUUCAUGCUCCACUUUGAGUUCCUAGUGUUCCUCGCGGAUUUCCUGUCGGAUUGGUACUGCCUGGUGCAGUUCGCUAUCGGCCAGCAGUUGGGCCUUGUGCUUGCCCAAGGGAUCAUCAUUCUGGUGCCCAUCAGUUUGGAUUGCUACCGCGGUAAGAUCCAGAUCGUCGAGGUCAUCGGAGGCUUCGUGAGGUCCCGCAAGAAAGGCUUCCCCACGAACGGAUUUAUCCGAGCACUGCGCUCAGAGAAGAGUGUCGAGGCUCCGUUGUCUUUGGGCUUGCAGUACUACACCAUCUUGAGACCCACGACGAGCAGCGCAUUUUGGGGUAUGAUGGUCUCUAUGCCUUUGAGUAUUCUCAGCCUCUCCAAGUUUGUGUAUCAGAAUUUUGAGCUUGGAUUAAUGGAGGCACUGAUCGAAGCCAGGAACCCCAGCAGCUCUGGGAGUGCCAUCGACACACCCGUCGUGCCUGGCAGGACCAGUCCAAUUCCCCGCAGCUUACCUCCUUCCGUGAAUGAAGUGUAUCGCCCUCCCGGUCUCGCACCUUCUUCGAACUCUGCGAAACCCCUGGAUCAAGGCGUUCAGUGCAUGGAAAGCUUGGAAGCCAGCCAAGCUGCGCUGCGCUGCGAUGCGCGCAGCGCCAAGGACGUCGCACCCACACCACCCUCGCCCCAGGCUGUUGGGAAAACCGCAGCAGGCCUACAGAAGAGCCCAUCACAAGCCUCCGAGGACUUGGCAAGGCCGCCGGGCAUUGCGCAGCCUUCAGGCACGGCGUUGCCUCCACCACCUCCAAGCAAAGUGGCGGCACCGCCCGGUCGUUUCGCCCGGGCUUCUGUGGUUCCACGUCCACAAGCAGGGGCCACAACUACUCCCAGUCCUGGGGGUAGACCUCUGCAGGUUGCCAAGGAACCACAGCUUCCCCCUAUCAUAGUACAGCAUCGAAAAAGUACGUUUAGAGAGUGA